AUGAGGUUCAAAGCUUACUAUCAGUCUUACGGGAUACAACUAAGGUUCAGCUCGAUCGCACACCCCCAAACGAACGACCAGACCAAAGUCAUGAAUCAAGCAAUUUUUGAAGGCCUCAAGAGGAGGGUGAUGGGGGCUCUCGAGACCUGGGUAUAUGAACUCCCUAGCAUCCUGUGGGCACUACGAACAACUCCUAAGACUGCCUCGGGGGAAUCCCCGUUUAGUCUGACAUUCGGAACCAAAGCAGUCCUCCCGCCCGAGAUUGUAUUCCUGACUUGGCGCACUGAUACUUACGAUGAAAAUAACUCUGAGGAAGGCCUAAGGGUCAAUCUUGACCUCCUUGAAGAAAGAAGGGCCAAGGCACAUGUAUGCACUCCAGUGUACAAAAAGGCCACAGGCCAACUCUACAACCACAAAGUUUGCCUGCGCCCGAUCAAAGCUGGGGACCUCAUCCUCCGAAAGAUCGAAGAAAGCGACCUAACUUGA